CCUUCCUAAGCACACACUUCUCUACCUAUUUCCUUAUCUCUUUUCUAACCCAUUCUUAGCUUGGUUUCAAGGUAUUUAGCUAUGGCUGCUCAAGGAAAGAUUGAAGUGGACUUGGAGGUUAGCAUUGGUGCUGACAAGUUCUGGAAUAGCAUCAGGGACUCCACCACCCUCUUCCCCAAGGCUUUCCCUGAUGUCUACAAGAGUAUUGAGGUUCUUGAAGGCGAUGGAAAGGCCGUUGGCUCAAUCCGCUUGAUCAAAUAUGUUGAUGGAGCUCCACUGGUCACAUUCUCAAAGGAGAAGAUAGACACAGUAGAUGAUGAGAAGAAGACAGUGAGCUACCAUGUGAUUGAGGGUGACAUCCUGAAAUACUACAAGGAUUUCAAGGCUUACCUGUCUGUGACUCCAAAGGGAGACGGGAGCCUGGUGAAGUGGGGGUGUGAAUUCGAGAAGGCUAGUGCCGAGGUUCCUGAUCCCCACCUCAUCAAGGAUGCCGCCGUUAAGACAUUCAAGGAUCUCGAAGCCUUUCUCAAGGCAUAAAAUGCUCUACUUUCAACUGUUCUUGAUGGAAUCACCUUCAGGUCUGUCUGGGUCACUAGAAAUGUUGUGUGUUUAUUUCGAUGAAUGGUUAUGAAUAAGGCCAGUUAUGGUCUCAUUUGAGUUCAGAAAUGUGAGUCAUGAUAUUGUAUGUCUGAAAUACCAGCAGUAAAUGAUCUACUUAUUGCAAAUAA